AUGAGUCUUAGCGAUCAAGGUGAAAUUACAGAAUCUCAAAUAACUGAGACAGAUAAAAGUGAUGAAGAUCGGGAGAUGGGGGAAGGGGAGAUAAUUGAAGAGAAUUUAGAAGAUGGAGAGUUGGAAGAUGGUGAAAUAGAUGAUGAUCCUCAAGAUAUCCCUCCAAAUUCUGAUCCUAAUAAAUUUACUAUUAAUUUAGGUUCGGUUAAUAAUAAACCUGAAGAGAAUGUAGAUCAAGAAAACAACCGAGAACAACGUGUUCAUAAACAACCCAAGAAUUCAAAUCGUGAGAAAAAGAAACGUAAAAGAAGACGAGACAAAGAGGAUGAAAAUGACUCGAGAAAGCAUGGUAAAAAGAAGAGAUAUGUAGACCAUGACAGGAUCAAUGAAGAUGGAGACAUGCAGUGGUUGGGUGAGAAACAUCAUGUUGGUGGUCACAAGUCUAACAAACGUCAUAGAAACCGGGGUGAUAGUCGUUCACCCAAUCAUGAAGUGUACGACAGUCCGUAUGAUAGUCCACCUGGUUUAUAUGAUAGUCCGUCUGAUGAAGAUGGUGAAAGAAAUGGUGAAGCUACGAGUAUGUUAGGUCUGGUACAAGAUGAGUUUAUGGAUGUCAGUAUCACGGCUCAAGAAAGACAACAAGAGAGACAACAAGAAAGACAACAUGAUGUAGGAGAAAAUGAUAAAAGAGAACACAGAGAGAAAAGAUCAAAGAAGAAAUAUAAACAGAGACAACAGGAUGGACCACGACAUCGUGAAAGAGAUCGUGGUGAUCGUGUUGAAAGAGAAAAGAAAGUACCACUCAAUGAUUUACCACGUUCAGAACGACCACAAUGUAAAUUCUUUAAAGAAGGAAAAUGCCAAAAGGGAUCUAGUUGUCAAUUUAACCAUGAUUUUCAACCUGAAAAGAAGUUAGAUGUCUGUAAAUAUUAUUUAGCAGGUGCUUGUAAUAGAGAUAACUGUGUUUUCUUACAUGAUAUCCUUUUAUUAGAAAAAAUACUGACUAACAUAGAGACGUAA